AUGUUCUAUCAGCGUACCCUCGAUAUGUUCUAUCAGCGUACCCUCGUUAUAUUCUAUCAUCGUACCCUCGAUAUAUUCUAUUAUUGUACCCUCGAUAUAUUCUAUCAUCGUACCCUCGAUAUAUUCUAUCAGCGUAACCUCGAUAUCAGCGUACCCUCGUUAUAUUCUAUCAGCGUACCCUCGAUAUGUUCUAUCAGCGUACCCUCGAUAUGUUCUAUCAGCGUACCAUCGUUAUAUUCUAUCAUCGUACCCUCGAUAUGUUCUAUCAGCGUACCCUCGAUAUGUUCUAUCAGCUCAUAUCUAUCUAUCACAUUUAUCCGUAUAUCACUCUAUUCAUAUCUAUCUAUCUAUCUAUCUAUCUAUCUAUCUAUCUAUCUAUCUAUCUAUGUCUGUUCAUAUCUAUCUAUCUAUCUAUCUAUCUAUCUAGCUAUCUAUCUAUCUAGCUAUCUAUCUAUGUCUGUUCAUAUCUAUCUAUCUAUCUAUCUAUCUAUCUAUCUAUCUAUCUAUCACAUUUAUCCGUAUAUCACUCUAUUCAUAUCUAUCUAUCUAUCUAUCUAUCAGUAUAUCACUCUGUUCAUAUCUAUCUAUCUAUCUAUCUAUCUAUCUAUCUAUCACACAAUUUAUCCGUAUAUCACUAUAGUCAUAUCUAUCUAUCUAUCUAUCUAUCUAUCUAUCUAUCUAUCUAUCUAUCUAUCUAUCUAUCAGUACAGGCCCACGUGCGAGUUGAGAUGUAUGGCUACCUUGAAAAUCAACGUUCAGAAUGCAGACAUCUAG